AUGUCGUGGGUUCCUCGUUUUUCUCGUAUCGCUUUUUUACCAAGUUAUGGCUACACACAAUUGAUGACGUAUCUUGGCUAUCGAAAUGCUUAUGAUCGUAUUGAUGACACAGUUUAUGUUGGAAUUUUGCCCACAGUCACAAUGCAAAAAUUUCUUAUUGAACAUGAAAAAAUUAAUGCUGUUAUAUCGAUGAACGAAGAUUUUGAAUUAGGCUAUGUCUCGGAUCCUAACUUAUGGAAGAAAUACAAUAUACUACAUUUACGUCUACCAACCGUCGAUUUUAGUAAUCCACAAAUAGAUAAUUUAUAUCAUGGAGCUGAAUUUUUAAGAAAUCGGCGAUUGAAAAAUGAACGAGUCUAUAUUCACUGCAAAGCGGGACGGCAACGUUCAGCAAAUUUGGCCGCAUGCUAUUUAAUCGAUACGUAUGGUGUGACGCCCGAAGAAGCUGCAAGAAGAAUACAAAACAUUCGUCCAAGUACAAUAUUUGGUGCAAGAGAAAUAGCACGUUUACAUGAAUUUGUUAAUUAUUUAAGUGAAAUGGAAGAGAAAAAGCGACAAACGCCUGAAGCAGAUGAAAAUAAAGCGAAUAAUGAAUGA